AUGCCAAAUACAUUAGAUCCUGAGUGCUUAUUGUGCAGAGAGAAAAUCAUCACCAAUGAGGCAAUCUUUAACUGUGGCUCUAUAAGACCUGAUGACACUAAGAGAAAAGAGAUUGAACAGCUGGAGAUAAGUUGUCUCUAUGGAAGUCUUCCUCCACCUGGAGCUCCGACUCAGUAUGCGAGUGAAGAACUACAUGGCUUUAUUUCAAGCAAGAAACAGGGUUGCCUAUUUGAAGCUGUGGGCUGCAAAUUCCAGGGGCUAAAAUUGGAAAUUCAGGGUCAUCAGUCAAUCUCUACUCUCCAACAUAUGGACCUUUUAUUGGAAAAAAUAAUCCCAAGUAAGGAGGUGUCACCACUAAGAUCCUGCUACGCCAGAAACCUUGUCUCCAGGGAAAAAGGCAAGUUUGAGAACCAACUACCUAGAUCUCUUUCACAUUUGGGAAAAAUGGGAAGGACCAUUCAUCUACCAGAAGAACACUGCAAAGCCAUGGAGGCCCUUGAAUCUAAGAUUUCUAAGGUGGAAGUGAAAGUAGCAGAUGUUGAGGAGAAGAUGGCACAGGUCUGUGAAAAAGUGGAGGAUUGCUCAGUUAAGAUGAAAGCCUUUGUCCAGGACUCUGAGCCACAAAACCACAGGAGCUGCAACCUGGUAGACAGCAAGGUAAGAGCAUGUCCCAGGUUUUGUUCGGGGGCAUACCCAGAUUUCUCAGGGCCAGUGGAAAUUGCUCACAAUGGAAUAUAUAUUUGGAAAAUCCCAAAUUUCAGCAUCCGAAAACAGGAAGCUUUAAAUGGAACAAGGGAAUGCCUAGAGUCCAAUGCUUUCUACACCAGUCAGUAUGGCUAUAAGAUGGUCAUCCAGCUUUACCUCAAUGGAGAUCAGCUGGUGAGGGGCAACUACAUCUCCAUGCACAUCCGGCUGUUAAAGGGGGACUUUGACGCUCUGGUCCAGUGGCCUCUCAAAGCCAAAGUGGAUUUGCUCAUCCUUAACCAGAAGCAGCAGGAGCAUUCCAUCCUCAGACGCUUUGUGCCGGACCUCACCGCGCCUUGGGGCCGGCGGCCCAUGGGGAAUGCCAACGUGCCUGCAGGCAUUUCCAGGUUUGUCUCCCUGGAGGAGUUCCAGGGUCGCUGCCAGGAAUUUGUGUGCGAUGACGUGCUCUUUGUGAAAGUGGAAGCUGAGCUGGACCAAAUGUGACACGGCCUGAUCCUUCUGCCCUCAUCAAAUGAGUCCGGUUUCUAGUCCGGAACUGGAAAGGGGAGACGUUUCACUCAUAACAGCAAAGCCCACGUAUCUUUACUAUUUGCCACUAGUUGAAGGAGAUACUGUUAUUCCUCAUAUAAAGAGGGAUGCAUCUGGAUAAAUGGUAGCCUUUUGGUCUAGAUCAAUAAAUGUGUUCUCUUUUC